CCCGGCCCACGUUCUCGCUCCCGCUACCCCGGACAGCCUCCGUCCCUCCCCGCGUGGACUCCACUCGAUCUGGAGGGAAUCUCGCCUCUUGCCUCCCGCCCGCUUUGCUCGGAGAGGACUCCGAGGUCUGGAAAGGGUUUCUGUUGUCACUGAUCAAGGGAAAGGAGUUUUCAUCCCCCCUCCCCUCCCCACCACAGAGAUUUUAACAGCAGCAAAUCUAUAAAGUAGAGGCUUUGUGAUCUAUAGAUGACUAAAAGUAACGGUGAAGACACGAGGUCGGGCAACAGGAUGGAGCGCAUUCUGCAAGGAGUCCGGAAACGUACUCUCCUGGCAAAGAAGAAAGUGCAGAGCAUCACAAAGGAUGAUGUCAAAAGUUACUUACUGAGGAAUUUUUUUGUGAUCUUCACCAUCAUUGGUGUCAUUGUCGGUAUCAUCCUUGGAUUUGGUCUUCGGUCAUACCACUUCAGCUACCGAGAAGUGAAGUACUUUUCCUUCCCAGGUGAACUCUUAAUGAGAAUGUUGCAGAUGCUGGUUUUGCCCCUCAUUGUAUCCAGCUUAGUAACAGGAGUUGCUGCCCUGGACAGCAAAGCAUCAGGGAAGAUGGGGCUCCGAGCCGUCGUCUACUACAUGACCACCACAAUCAUUGCUGUCCUGAUUGGAAUUAUCAUGGUGGUCAUCAUCCAUCCAGGGAAAGGAUCAAAGGAAAAAAUGCAUCGAGAAGGCAAGAUUGUGCGAGUGACAGCCGCAGACGCCUUUCUGGACUUGAUCAGAAACAUGUUCCCUCCGAAUCUGGUGGAAGCCUGCUUUAAACAGUUCAAAACAAACUAUGAGGAACGGACACCUAGUAUAAAAGUUGACUCAAACGAAACAUCUGUCCUUGCUGGCAUUAUAAACAAUGUGUCCGAAGCAAUGGAAAACCUAACUCAGUUGAAAAAGGAGAUGAUCCCUAUUCCAGGGGCUGUAAAUGGAGUAAAUGCACUUGGACUGGUUGUGUUCUCAAUCAGCUUUGGACUGGUGAUAGGGAACAUGAAGGAGCAAGGACGUGCAUUGAGAGAAUUCUUUGAUUGCCUUAAUGAGGCUAUCAUGCGCCUCGUAUCACUAAUCAUGUGGUAUGCACCACUUGGUAUCCUGUUUUUGAUUGCUGGAAAAAUUGUUGAGAUGGAAGAUAUGGGCGUGAUUGGAGGACAGCUUGCCAUGUAUACUGUUACUGUCAUCAUUGGUUUGCUCAUCCAUGCUAUUGUGGUGCUCCCUUUACUCUACUUCCUAAUCACUCGAAAGAACCCUUGGGUCUUUAUUGGAGGAUUGCUGCAAGCUCUCAUCACAGCCCUGGGAACAUCUUCAAGUUCUGCCACCUUGCCGAUCACAUUUAGGUGUUUGGAAGAGAAUAAUGGAGUAGAUAAACGCAUUACAAGAUUUGUGCUUCCUGUGGGUGCAACUAUUAACAUGGAUGGUACAGCUUUGUAUGAGGCACUGGCUGCCAUUUUCAUUGCACAGGUUAAUAACAUGGAGCUCAACUUUGGACAGAUUAUCACAAUCAGCAUUACAGCUACAGCCGCCAGCAUUGGUGCAGCAGGAAUUCCUCAGGCUGGCCUCGUCACUAUGGUGAUUGUAUUGACAUCUGUUGGUUUGCCUACAGACGAUAUCACCCUUAUCAUUGCAGUGGAUUGGUUUUUGGAUCGUCUGCGUACCACCACCAACGUCUUGGGAGACUCUAUCGGCGCAGGGAUUGUAGAACACUUAUCGCGGCAUGAGUUGAGGAACAAGGAUGCUGAGGUGGGCAACUCUGUGAUAGAGGAGAAUGAAAUGAAGAAGCCUUACCAGCUGAUCUCCCAAGAGAACGAAAAUGAAAAGCCCUUAGACAGUGAAACCAAGAUGUAAGGUAGAGGAACGAUGCAAAGCACUAGGUACGCAGAAAGCGUACACUUUCUCCAAUCCUUUCUGUAACUUGUCCAUUUGUUCCUCAUCUCUCUCUAUAUAUAUACAAGCACUGAAAAGGUUUAGGGCUUAACUAGACAUGAUGAGAGACAUGAGGUUAUAUCCAGUGGUGUCACUCAGCUGUUAUUAAGGCUUCCAUCAGCAGGAAGGGAAGCUAUUUUCAGCAAUUUCCUCAUAGGCCUAGAGCCCCUCCUCACACCCUAUAUCUGCUCCUGAGAGUUGUGGGACCCUCCAGUGCAGCUUAGGGAAGUGAAGGCUACAGUGCUUCCCUCCUCAUUUCGCUGAUGGAAGCUUUACUGUCAGUUCAGUGACGUUACUGGAUAAAACCUACAUGCAAGGUCUCUUUGCCCCCUUCUCCUUGUGCUUGCAUCUAGGCAAGCACGACACGUAUUGUGAUGUCAUCACUGUGUGCCUCGCCCUCCAUCCAGUCCUGUGUGGCCAGAAGAGGGCAAUGCACAGCGCAAUGACAUCAUUCCACGUGGUAUGUUUACCUGGAUAAAGGUUUCAGGUGGCACGUGGAAGGAGAGGGGAAAGAAGAUUGAGCAGCUCCAUCUACUGUAAUGUCUAGUUAAGUCCUUGCUGAAAAACAUACCCUAUUACUUAGUAAUGAAUGUGUUAUAUGAUUGUAUCCCAUUAAAAUAAUAAGAAGAAGAAGAAAUACCAAGCAUACAACAUUAUGAUAUGGUGUGAUGUGAUGUGCUAUGGGGAUGGGAUAUAUUGUAAUCAAAUUACCAAGAAUAUUCAAGUGCACAUGUAAAUGUGAUCUCACUUUAUGUAAGCUGAAGCAGCAAAGCAGACAAGAAAUCUUGAAAAGGGGGGGUUGUUUGUUUGUUUGUUUGUUUGUUUGUUUGUUUGACUGUUACACAUUCUUCACACCAGGAAGGCUGUAAUCCUAUACACAUUUACCUGGGAGUAAGUCCUACUGAAUCUAAUGGGCCUUACUCCUGAGUAGACACAUAUAGGAUUGCAUUGUAAAUUUACUUUUUUACACUUGAUGCUAUUCUCCAGAAAAGUGAGUGGCAAAUUUUGGUUUCUCUUUUUAAAUAUAUUAUUUCCUUAUUUUAUUGCUAUUGGAGCACUAAAAAAUAGGGAUACUGGUUUUUGUUUUAAAUACAUGGACAAUAUGUCCCACAACCUGCUCUAGUUACCAUCUAAGCAAAAAAAAAAGAUGUAUCAUAGUUUCAUUUCUACCUAAUGGGGAUAUUUUAGGAUCAGGAAAAGCUUCCCGGUACUAUGCACCUUCAUGUCCCAUUUAAUUCCUAGAUCAUGGACCUAGAAAUGCAUUUGUGUAUGUGUAACAUUACUGUUCCUCUUUUGGAUUAUGGCAUUACUACUUAACACAAGUACUGUUACCUAUGCGCACUGUCUUUUCAGGAUCAGAGAUCUAAUAUACACAUGCACUUUGGAACAUAAACUGUCUUUCAUCCCUUCGUUGCAGGGGGCGGGAUAUUAAACUGUUGAUACCACAUCAGUGUGAGCUUUUUUGAGGCAACUUCUAGGCGCCCCCCCCCUUCCCACCGGACAUAAUUAUCCAAGCACUUACUUAACUCUGAACAUUCCAUUGAUUUAACUAGACAGGCCUGCACAAGUUGUGAGCCACCAAACUGAAUUUAGCCCACCAGUAAUGAUAGCUCAAGAAACUUCCUGCGGUUGCUGCACACGACAGAUCACAAACACAAGGGGAUUAUCAAGCAUCAGACCGAUAGUGAGCCACGUUUGGCUUUGUCGUGGGCCAUAAAUUGUGGAAGGCCUGUCCUAGAUCUCUAGCUGCACAGUGAGUUGAGUUUGACAUGCAUUUUAACUUUCAGUGGGAGUUGGGAUCCUAAGUGAAACUUUAUAAAGGCAUAUCAGUUUUAUAUCUACUACUUUAGUGGGUACUUUAGCUGGUGCUGAUAAUUCUAUUAAAGAUCCCUAGCCCCCGCCCCCUCAAAAAGAGGCACUUAUUAGGAUAGUUUAAAUCUGUGACAUGGAUACAACUUGCUUAUCAUCUCACUUCUAACUGCUGUAAAGGGCUCAGUAAAGCUGGCCACCUAAAGGUGAAGAGUAGCAUUCUAGAUAGUGGUUUUUUUGAAAAACAUCUUUGUUGUAUUCCGAACCAUUUGUUUUCAGGGCAGGCAAUGUGAGUUCCAACCACUUCUGCACAGUUAAAAUGUUUGCCCGUCUUCACCCUUGCCUAUCUACUUUGUGUCAGAGAUUUUCCAAUGGAAAGAAGCACUUAUAGACUAAGAGGUAGAAAGCAGAACGCACAGAGCAUCUGACAGGGUUCAGUAACAUUUCCACUGUCAUAUUGAACUGCAGGGGAGAGGAGAAUGCUUUCAAACAGGGUGGUUUUCCAAUUAAUUUGGUUUGUUUCAUUGUCUUGCUAAACAAAAGAAAUUGUUGCCAAAAGCAUUUUUUUCCCAACAUUGGGGUUACAAGGGAAGAGGGUUUUUUCCCAUUCCACUGCCAAGUUCUCCAUUCUAGCAACACCCCUGGAUGUAGGGGGAGUAAUCUUUUAGAAUAGUGAAACUAAUGUGGUGCUCAAUUACUUUUAGAAGGAAGAAUAUAAAAAAAAACCAGCAGGAUAGCAAAUACGUUGAAUAAAUAUUGAAAAUAUAAGAAAGGAUUUUUAAAGAGCAAUAUUAUAAGUCUUCUUCUGGGAGUAAGAGGCAGGGCAGAUUUUACACACUGAGGUGAGAUCCAUAUAUUAGCAUUUCUUUUUCCUGCUCCAAUCUUUACUCCCCGAUGAAGCCCAUUUAUGAAAAAAGAAAAGAAUGAUUUUAUAUAUAUGUAUAUUUACAUGCAUUGCCAUUGCAGUCAAACGGGAAAGGUUUAUGGAAGUGAAACAGGGAUGGUGUGCUGUACUGUAGAUAUAUAUACACACACAAACUGGUUGCAUAGUCUAUGGGGGUGGGGGAAUUGAUAGUAUUUCUGUGAGAUAGGUACAAUAUAUUUCUUGUGUUACAGCUGCCACUCAACCAUUUCAAUGUAAUUUUUGUCCCUGAGAGUUCAUUCAUGUGGUCACAGAUUUUGAAGGCAAAGAACCCUGAGAAUUGCAAGACCAUCUCAGCUAAAUCUCAAUAUGCUAUGAAGUUAAACUUUGAUUUUUUUGUUACCUCGUUUCCCUUCACAAAGUAGCCAGAAUUAACCUAACACUACAGUCUUCCCUAAUUUGUACGGGAGAAGGGGGGGGGGUUGAAGCAGUAGUGAAGGUGGUCUGUAUAAAUACAGAUUUGUGGAUUAGAUGCAAACUGGGGGUGCAGCUGAGGCUGGAUCCCGGAGACCUCCAUUGUUGUACACUCUCUACUGCAAUGCACACGUGUGUUUGUGUGCAAAACAGAUGAGUUCAAAUGUAUGUGUAAUCAUGGCAUCAGUAUCACAGGAGCGUUGUGAAGGCAGAGAUCCUUCCUCAACACAAAAUUCCUAGUAGUUUUGCCCCAUAAAUCAUCCUUUCCUCCCUGUCCCAUGUUGGAUCUGUGCAUCUGUAAAAACCAAAAGUAUGUUCAGGAUGAGUGGCUGGCAGAUAGUGCAGGCUUCCUGCAUGCACUUCCAUGGGAGCAUCAGAAGGCUGGACCAUCGGAGAGUAAUUCAAUAUGAGGCUCCUCCCUAUGCCAACAGAGCCACUGUUUCCAGAAGUGGGGAGGAGCCUUGCUAUCAGCUCUUUCCACAUGGCCCAAACCCAUCUCAUACCCUCUUUUCACUGCACGACAUUGCCUUGGCAAGCUGAUAAGAUGAGAAGAAGCCCAUCUGAUUGAACGGCCCACUGACAUCGGUGGUGCAGUUAGGCAAUCAUUGAUCUUAUGGGAUGUAGUUCUUUAGAAGAUAACAUGUAUCCAGUAUAGCAUGAAAUAAAUCGUUCCAUCAGCACAAAGAUUGACACUUGUGCAAUAGAACUUCCCCACUCCCACCAUGCAUCCCUUAAAUCUGUCCUGGGGGUUUCCCCAACCCUCUGGAGCAGAUUUGGGGAUGGCAUGGGGCAUGCACAGGAGGAGAGCAUUAGACAAGCCCACUGGACCAAGCCAGUGGACCAUCUGGUUCUGCAUGCUGUUUUCACAGGGGCCGAUCAGAUACCUGUUGGAAGCCUGCAAGUUGGACAGCACUCUGCCCACCUUCAAAUCCCAGCAACUGGAGGAGAGGGAAAGUUCUGUUGCACAAGUGCCAAUCCUUACGCUAAUAGAAUGUGGCAAGCCAGCUCAGCUGCAUCUGAAAGCCCCCCCCUGCUCACUCUGCUGAAUGGGACCAUGGACUUCUCCAAAAUCCUGCCCUGAGAGAGCCACUGAACAUCAAUGGUUUUCUGGAAUGUAUAGGGGAUCUUUGGUUCAAAAAUGUGACCUGUGAAUAAAACUUGCAGACACACAUACUACAAAAUGUGAAGUGGACAAAGUCUCAGAAUGCUGGACAUAGGCGGCCUUUCUUGGGACUGAUGAGGCAGGCUCCUUAUUCCACGAGUUGCAGAUCCUACUCACUUAGCUUGUCCUUGAGCACUUGUCUUAUAGAAAGUGGAUAGGAGUUAACCCAGUGCAUUCAGGAACUGGAGGUGUUUUAAACAAUGCAAAGCUCUUGGGUCAUCUCUAACUGAAUGCAGUAGUGGAUGCUCCUUUUUAUUAUAUUUCUUACUUGUGCUAACAGAAAGAAAAACUAGAUUACAGACAGACAUCUUCUGACAUGUAACUAGAGAUAUUUUUAUAGAAAUUCUGUAUUCAGUAUGUGUGUACAAAAGUUAAUAUUAGAUUAUAUGGAGUAACUUUUUAAUUACAUUUUUGCUUUUGACUGGAUACUAUUUUUUUGGAAAUACACUGCAAAGAAGAUUUCGUGUUAAAGGUUGUCCUUCCGUAACAUCACUGUAGGGGGGGAAAUGUGUUACAAAGCAUGACAGCUUUUAAAAUAUUUUUUACACUAACUUUGUUUCUUACAGAAAUCAGGUACCAUAGAACAAUCUCUGUUCCCUGCCCACUCUGGGUUGGCAGCUGGGUGCACCCAGUGUGGCUUGAGAAAUAUUACUUUGUAGAUGU